AUGCACUUCCUAAUCAAAGCGCUGAUUGCUACCACUCUCAUGGUGGUGUCUGUUUGUGCUCAGGGCGCCUUCAUAAACCUGCCUGCGCCUGGCUCCAGUAUCACUGCAGGUACCAACUUUACUGUGCAAAUAGGCCUCCCGGACACACUUACUAACAGUGAUGAGAUAUCGAUCGUCAUCGGUAUCCAGUCUUGCCCAACUGGGAACUGUUUCCCCAUUAGUGAAGCUAUGGGUACUGUCUUGUAUGAAGGCCCAUUUAAUCCCGAGUUUGGAUCGGGCGCAGACGACCCAUAUGAGGACUUUUCUGUUCAAGUCCCUGCAUCCUUCGCCACCGGGCAAGCACAACUUGGACUUGCUCACUUUAACCUCAUUGGAGCGCUUUUAUUUCCGAACUUACAACUCGUCAAUGAGACUGUUUACGUUGUUUAG